GCGCAGCGCCGAGCGGAGCGGAGCGGCGGGGCCGCCUCCUCCUCCUCCUCAGCGCCCAGGCAGCGGCGGCCGAGCGGGACUGCCGGCGAUGGCUGAGCUCAAGUCGCUGGGCAGCGAGGCGUACCUGGCGCUGGCUCCAGGCUACGGGCCCUCGCCUUUCGCCUACGGGGCCGUGCGCGGGGGCGCCGAGGGCCCGCGGGGCGCCUACGCGGGGGGCGGCGGGGCGGACUUCCACGCCGGGGCCAUGGGCACUAAGUCGGCGGAGAGCAGCGGCGAGCAGAGCGGCGACGAGGAGGACGGCUUCGAGGCGGGCGUGAAGGGCGGCGCGGGCUUCGAGCGGGAGGCGAAGCUGAAGGGGGGAGCCCUGGGCAAGAAGCCCAAGGAGCAGCGCUCGCUGCGGCUCAGCAUCAACGCGCGGGAGCGGCGGAGGAUGCACGACCUGAACGACGCGCUGGACGGGCUGCGCUCCGUCAUCCCCUACGCGCACAGCCCCUCGGUGCGGAAACUCUCCAAAAUCGCCACGCUGCUGCUGGCCAAGAACUACAUCCUGAUGCAGGCGCAGGCCCUGGAGGAGAUGCGGCGGCUGGUGGCCUACCUGAACCAGGGCCAGGCGCUGAGCGCCCCGCUGCCCGCCACCCUCAACCCCUUCGGACAGUCGCCCGUGUACCCCUUCGGCGGCGCGGCCGUGCCCGGCUGCCCCGAGAAAUGCACUGCCUUCACAGGAGCCGCGUCCGCCCUCUGCAAACACUGUAACGACAAGCCUUGACUUCUGCCUUCUUCGGGCUUUUCCUUUCUUUUUUUUCUUUUUUUUCUUUUUUUUUCUUUAAUUUUUUUCUUUUUCUGUGCACUUUUCCACUGCCAUCAGCCCUGGCUCUUCCUUCCAUCAGUUAAGUCCGGGUUUUCUUUUUUGUUCUUCUCUUAAAUACACCCCCCUCCCUCCCCAUCUGGAAAUGUUUGGCAGUUCACGUGGACCCCCAAAACACCCACUUUCUACUUUAUUUAGUUCCCCCCUCACGCGCAACUUCAUCCGUAGAGUUAUUUCCUUCCCAGCCUGUCAGUGGAUUGUGAGCGUAAUGUUGCUUUUCGCUUGCUCUGAGCUACAAAGUUUUUGAGCAGUUUUGAAACAGAACUAUAGAAAAACAGAGAGGGAGAGAGAUCUGGAAAUGGAAACCUCAGUGAAUUUGCUUUGGCAUGAUCGACCUGUGUUAAAAAUAGAUUAAAAGGAGGAAGGGGGAGCAAAAUCCAGCUGCAAACUAUGCAAUAUUUCAGAAUCAUGGGCGGAGGGGGUUCUGUGUAGCCAGCUGGGGUUGGACUGCACCCACAAAUCCAAAUGGAAAUAAUUUGGUCUGAGCUCUUGGGAGGGGGGAUUUCCAGUACUCUAGCUAAAACAAUUGAUGCUUCAAAGUAAGAUGCUUAUUUUUUUUUUCUCUCUUAAAAAAAAUUAACCCGUUCUUGGACUGAGAGGAACCUGUGAUUGUAUGCUAAUGCUUGCUGUUUGCCUGUUUCUCAGCUUGGUUAAGUUUUCCAGAUGAUUUUCCAAAGUCGUUGCUCAUCAUGAUAAACAAAGCAAAAGGUGACUUAACAUAUUUAUAUGUAUUUAUAAUAAAUAAAAUGCAUUAAUAACCACUUUCUCUGUCCUACAUGUCUCUAAAACCAGCUGGCAAAACCCCUGCUGGAGUCAGGUAAAGCAGAAAUGGAUGUGGCAGGAACAACUGUGUGAACUUAGGGGAAUGAUUAGAAUACUUGGAAAAAGCUUGUGGAUAUUCAGCUCGUUAUCAGCAGGGAUUUGCGGUUUUUUCUCCACUUUUUCCUGAAUCAGGAGCACACAAAAAAAAACAAACCGUUGCUUAUGUCUGACUCUGAGUUAAGCAGGCAGGGGUUUAGGCUGUGUGUUCUGACACUUGCUGGGAAAUGCUGUGCCCUGAAAGUGGUGUUUGACUGGCGUUAUUUUAGCAGCGAGCUGAGCUCUGAGCACCCCAUGGAAAACACGGCAGGGAA